AUGGACCGAACCAUCCGCCCGUGGGAGAAACGGUCCACUAAACACGUACUUGUGGCAAAGAUAACGCGACCUGACAGAUUAGAACGGGCGUCCAAACUCGUCCUGUCACCGGCUAUUGAAAUGCUUCUCCCACCAGCGAUAGAUGAUCUCCUCGCGAGCCGUCCCCGCCUCACAAACUCCCUAAAGGCCGAGAUUACACGCGCAGGGGUAGGUCGCAUUAAAAUGGUGAUCGGUAGGCACCCGAUCGCUAGGCAGCGGCCUGCGCUU